AGAACUGAGUGAAGUGGGAGAGGUGCGGGCCUUUGUGCGCACAUGAGCGUGCCAUGGGCACGUCGUGUUCCUGCAAUGACACCCCGCAGACGGUAACAGAGCUGGCGAGGGAGGACAAGGGGCCGAGGCGGCCUCAGCACACCUUCACCGAUGGCUCCGUCUACACCGGCGAGUGGGCCGGGGAGGUGAAGCACGGGAGCGGCACUCAGGUUUGGCUGGAUGGCGGCCGCUACACCGGCCAGUGGGUCCAGGGCAAGGCGCACGGCAGGGGCCGCUACGAGCACCCGGACGGCGACGUCUACGAGGGCGGGUGGUUCGAGGAUCAGGCCCACGGCCACGGACUCUACCUCCACGUGGACGGGUCCCGCUACGAGGGCCAGUUCGCCUUCGACAAGCAGGACGGCGAAGGCAAGGAGUGCUGGCCGGACGGGGCGACCUUCCAAGGUCAGUACAAGGCCGGCUACAAGCACGGCCAGGGCAAGUUCCAGUGGGCGGAUGGCUCCUGUUUCGAGGGCGAGUUCAUGCAGAACGACCUGCAUGGCUUCGGCACGUACUGCUGGCAGGGUGGCCGCGUGCACAAAGGGCGGUGGCUGCGCAACCGCAUGCACGGCGAUGGCGAGUUCACCUGGCCCGAUGGCCGGCGCUACAAAGGCCAGUACUUUGAGGACAUGAAGCAUGGCGAGGGUUCCUUCUUCUGGUCUGAUGGCCGGAAGUACCAGGGCCAGUGGCGCAAGGGGGUGCAGCACGGCUUGGGCAAGUACACCACCUCCGACGGCGUGACCCGUGCCGGGGAGUGGGCCGAUGGCUCACGCGUCAAGUGGACGGCGGUCGAAGGCGAGCGAGCCCAAAACCCCGUGUGAGGCGCUGAGUUUUCCCGGCUCCUUACGCCCCCUCCCCAUGACCGAGGGGAGCAGAAAGCAACCAAGUGACUUGGCAUGGCCAAUGCUUUGGGGCUUUGGGUGCUGUAGUUGCUCGGAGGCAUGGUUGGACGUGGCGAAUUUUUCC